AUGGGGUCGGAGGUCGCGCCGCCUCGCCGACGCACCGCCGCUGCGGCUCGACGUGGGGCCCGAUCUGCUUCACGUCGACGUCGCCGAUGCGUGCCUGCGUGGUGGGGCCAGGUUGCAGCGGCGGCGAAGGCGUGCGUCGACGGCCACCGAGCCCCCGUGCACGACGCGGUGGCGACUGAGGUCCAGAAGAGGAAUGCGGCCCCGAAGCCCGCGGAGACCGCGCAGCCCGCGGCUGUCGAGAAGCCCGAGGCGGCCGACCCGGCCGCGCAGCCCGCGCCGCCCUCGGCUGUCGAGAAGCCCGAGGCCGUCCAGGAGCCCGCGCAGCCCGAGGCGGCCGGCCCGGCCGCGGCGGUGACCGGGCAGGACGGGCAGUCCGCGGAUGCCGAGAUGGCCGAGCCGCCCGCGAAGAGCGAGCCGGCCGCGGCGGCGCAGGUGCCUGGCGCGACGGCGCCAGGGCAGCCCGCGGCGCCUUCGGGCGCCUCGCCCGCCCCCCGGGGCUUCAAGAAGGGGGGCCAGGUAAGGAUCGUGAUGCGGAAAAAGGAGUUUAACGGGAAGACGGGCACGGUGGAGAACACGUGGUCCAACAGGGUGGAAGUGUGGAUGCCCGAGGCCGACAAUGGGAACGGCGAGUUCCGCACUUUCCAGAAAGUGAACGUGGAGCACAUCCAGAGUGACGCGCGCGAAGGCCCCCCCCUGUGCCCGCCGGCGGGUCAGCGCAGCCCGGCCGCGGCUAGCUCGUCCGAGUCCAAGCCCGAGCCGCCCGAGAAACGCCAGAAAGUUACGCUGUCCCAACUGUUCAAGCCACGUUCGGACGCUAGGCGCUAG